UCUAAACAAUCUUUGUUUUUCCCCCUCAUUUCUCAAUAGCCAUUUUGCUCUCUAUUCACACCUCUUUCAAGAAACAUUUCCCUUGUUUUCAAAUCUUUAUCUUGGUGAACCCUUUUAGGUGUUAUCAGGAAAUUUGUAGAUCUUUUUAGAUGAAGUUGCAAUAGUUUCUUCUCGUUUGGAUUCUUUUUCUAUAUAUUCUUCUUUUAAUUUCAUGUUCAUCAAAAAAAAAUUCGGAUACAAGAAUUCCUUCAAAAACAUGCAUGAUCAUGAAACUUUCAAGAUGAUCAUUUGUUAUUUUCUAAAGAAAACUAUGGAUUCUUGAGCUAACCAUUAGAUUCUCAUUUCCAUUUCAUCAUCCCUUCAAUUGUUAGGAGUUUUAUCGUCACACAAAUCUUUGUAAAUAUAUAAAGAUCAUUUUUGUAGUUUUUUUUUUUACUCGUUUUAUAAUCUAAGGAUUUUGGAUAUUUUAUUGCAUGAACAUAGCGUUACCGCUCUUCCUCAUUCGUUUUGUAAAAAAUCAAAGAAAAACUAACAUAGGAUAGAGAUUUGUUUCCCACAAAGAGAAGAGAUCCUAUGCAACUCACAGUUAAUGUCAAGUACCAAGAUGAAAAGCCUAUUGAAAGGGCUCCGGUAUAUAUCUCAAGUAUUUGCAAUAGAAGGUGAAAAGGAACAAGAGAUGCAAAUUGGAAAUCCAACUGACGUAAAGCAUGUUGCCCACAUUGGUUGGGAUGGACCAUCGGAUAAUGCCACUGCACCUAGCUGGAUGAACGAUUUCAAGAGUUCACCGGGAAUGGAAUCAAGUCAAGGAUUAGGAGAAGACGAUUCCUCAGUGAAAUGUCAAUCAGAAUACGGUGGUCGGUCCAGAGAUUUACCAAAACUACCAAAAUCCACGAGAAAAUCAUCGUCAGAGAAAGGUUCUCCUACGAAAGAGAGAUCAGAUAAGACCAAACGUCGGACUUCAAACAAAGGCACAUCAUCAUCAUCGUCUAGGAGAAAUAAAGACGAAGAUACUUCUUGGUCACAACACAGUGCUGGAUUACCUGAGAUCCCAAAGAAGUCAAAGAGGAAGAAACCUAAAGAAGGUGGUAAUGGAGGAGGGUCAUCGAGAUCAUCUCGAAGAUCUGAAACUGAUAAAAUGUCGGAUUAUAUGUCUGAUACUGGUUCCGUUAGAUCUAUGCCUCAAUUCGAAGAUGACAGAAAUGGGUUUUGAUUAAUUAAACAAACAAAAAAAAAACAGAGACUUUUUGUAAGUUUUGUAAUAGUAAAGAAAUGUUGAAGAUAA